GCGAAUGGUUGUGUUUUUCUGGCAGUCAUUCACUGCCUUGACUGAGGAUACUGGUAGGGAAAAUAAAGCACCUACAGGCCAAGGUAUGCGGUAUACAGUCGGCAAAGGCCUCAUUGUCUUUAGUCAGAUUCCGGGCACAUCAAGGAUGGACGACUCUGCCGCGAGCAUAUAUCUGGCUCAAGUGUGACUGCUCGUCUUGCAACUGUCGCAUAGCCAUUCACACCAUAUCCAAUUCUGAAAACCAAUUUUCGUGCCAAUCAAGGUUGCCACACGAGGAGCUUCCAAGAUGACGAAGUUCACAGCCGGCGUGCUUCUGUCCAUGCUCUCAUGCGCGACGGCCUUUCCAGCCAUCGCAGAGAUGGGCGCAGUCUUGCAAAGGCGAGAGGAGCCUCCACCGCGUGCGCCUGCAGGCAGACUCGAUCGCCCGAACACCGGACGGCCACCGAGUGGAUUCAAUGCCGAGGACCAAUACGUCGAUGUCACGGAUGGUGGCCCAAAUCGUUUCAUUGCACCCUCUGGGGCUGACAUACGUGGCCAAUGUCCCGGUCUGAACGCUGCGGCCAAUCAUGGCUUCAUUUCCGUACGAUUGCCCAGUUUCUCAUCGUGGUGA